AUGUCAACAACGAAUCCAACUAUCGAAACAACUGAAUGGGAUGAUUUGCAAAGGAAGUUUGGAAAUAUUCCACCUUUAGAAAAAGAAAUAAAAGAAGAAGAAAUAUAUUUAAAAAAUAUCGAUAGAAUUGAAAAUGAAGAUAUUUUUGAAAAUAAAAAUUUGGAGGAAUUAAAAAUAUUAGAAGAAGAAAAUCAAGAUGAUGAGUAUUUAAAAAUAAUUAAUAAAUAUAAAAUGGAUAGAAUAAAUGAAAUAAAUAAAAAUAGAUUAUUAAAUAUAUAUGGUGAAGUUUAUGAAAUAUCAAAGGAAACAUUCAUUACAGAAAUUAAUGAAGCCAGCAAAAAAAAUCCUCUUAAUAAUACAAAUAAAAAUGAAGAAAUAAAUGAAAUUAAUGAAAAAAAAAAAACUGGAACAUUUGUUGUUCUACAUCUAUAUUCUGACAAUGUUAUUUCAUGUAAAAUUUUAAAUCAGAUAUUAAAAGAACUAGCAAAUAAACAUAAAUAUAUAAAAUUUACUAAAGGGGUAUAUAAUAAAAUUAUAGAAAAUUAUCCUGAAAAUAAAUUACCAACUAUCUUAAUAUAUUAUAAUGGUAGUUGUAUACAUCAAAUAUGUAAUUUAAUAAAUAAUAUAAAAGGUGGCUUAAAUAACUUAAAUUUAAAAUCUUUUGAAAAUUUUUUAAAAAAAUAUAAUAUUCUAAAACAACAAAAAUGUACAAAUAGUACUAGUUCUGACGAAAAUACAGACAGUAAUGAUAGUGAUAAUUAUACAAAAAAACAAAAAAAAAAUAUAAAAACACAAAAACAAUAUAUGUCAUUUAACUUAUUUUCAAAUAAAAAUAAAAAUGAAGAAUAUGAUAGUUCAUCAAAUGAAAGUGAAAUGAAAUCCAAAGGAUAUUCUUCUUCCCUUAUGGAUAGAAAAAUUAAUUUAAGUCGACUCUAG